AUGGCUUCACCACAAAAGAGUAUGAACAGUCAAACAUCUCGGUUAGCGCUUUUCAAGUUGGUACUGUUGGGAGAAAGUGCUGUGGGGAAGAGUAGUAUUGUUCAUCGAUUUGUGAAGAAUACUUUUGAUGAUAUGCGUGAAUCCACUAUUGGAGCAGCUUUCUUAACCCAAACUGUUGAUGUUCCAGAGAAGGAGAUCACUGUCAAGUUUGAAAUUUGGGAUACAGCAGGUCAAGAAAGAUAUAAAUCUUUGGUUCCAAUGUAUUAUAGAGGGGCAAAUGCUGCAUUAUGUGUUUACGAUAUUACAAAUGAACAACUGUUCGAAAGAGCUAAAGAUUGGAUUAAUGAGUUGAAGAAACAAGCGCCAGAGGGGAUAGUCAUUUGUCUUGUUGGAAACAAGCUGGAUUUAGAACAAGACCGUAAGGUUACUCAAGAUCAAGUUACAGAAUACUUGGAAUCUUUAGAUGGUUCAGAAAAUAUAGUGUUGUCGGCAGAAUGCUCGGCCAAAUCAGGGGAUGGUGUUUUAGAUAUAUUCAAUCGAAUAGCAAGAGCUUUGCCUUUAGAUCAAAGAAUUCAAGAAUGGGCAGGUGGUGCAGCUGGUACCAGAUCGAGAUCAAGCACUUACUCAGGUAGAAGAACUGGUGGAGUCGAUUUAGGUAGAGGUGAUAGACAACUGAGACUGCUGCUGCUGUCAUCAUGUUGCUAG